GCCACAAACUUGGUGACCGUCAGCGUCUUCGCGAGGAUGGGACUGAAAGACAGCAUCUCUCUCAGCUUCUUCCUCCUCUCGUGCUCGGACUUGGUUUGCGUCCUGUUCAUGAUCCCGGCGGACUGCUUUGUCCUGUUCUCUAAGUCCGUCCCGCAGUCCUGGCGAGUGGACGGGGAAACGCUGGCGACACUGCUCAUGUUUUACUAUCCGAUGUUCUUCGACGUCUCGCAGCUCAUCACGACUCUCGUCGCCGUGCAGAGGUGCUGGUGCGUGGCCUUGCCCUUGGGGUUCAAAGGAACGUUCACUCGUCGUAAGACUACUGGGCUUGUUCUGGGGAUUGUGAUCGUCUCCAUCGGACAGUACGUCCCGGUGCUGGUCUCGCAGGGUCUGAGGGAAGGACAGGACGUUUCGAAGAAUAGGACGGUUCUUAUCUUCUGGACGUCGGAGAUUCGGAGCCAGGUGUAUUACGGUCGGGGUCUCUUCGCGUUGGUCAUGACCACCACGUGUCAGCUGACUGUCAUCGCCUGUCUUGUUAUCCUGGCGGCGAGUCUGCGGGCUUCGGCGAAGUUUCGGAAAUCUCUACUGAACGGUCCCAAAGGCCACUCCCUUACUUACAACAGAGCAGAAGUCACAAACACCACAGAAUUAUCAAAGACAUCGGCAAAUCGGCCCAAUUCAGUUGGUACCAUAAAGCAAGACCUGAAAAAUGUUGAUGAAAUCAGCGGUGAAAACACACAAUCUUUUGCGCCGUCGCGUAUGAACGCAUCAAGAAAAGAAGUCCAGGCCGUGAAGUCCACGACCUUUGUUUCCAUCAUAUUCAUCCUGUGCAACACUCCGCGACUGCUGAUGUACUACAUCGUCGUCUGCGUCCCGGAGUUCAACCUACAGCGUCGGUACGAGCAGUCGUACGUCGUGGGGAACUCCUUCCGGUUUUUCUUCGAGGCCAUCAACGCAUCGUUCAACAUGUUUGUUUACCUCACGUUCAACAGGAGGUUUCGAUUAACACUGAAAGCUUGUUUCUGA